AUGCUCCCGGCUCAGGAGGCCGCCAAAAUCUACCACACCAACUACGUGCGUAACGCGCGCGCCAUGGGCGUGCUGUGGACAGUGUUCACCAUUACGUUCUCCGUCAUCACGGUGGUGGUGUUUAUUCAGCCGUACUGGAUCGGGGACAGCGUGAACACGCCUCAGGCCGGAUACUUCGGCCUCUUCCACUACUGCAUCGGGAACGCGCUUACCUCGGAGCUCACGUGCAAAGGGAGCGCGCUGGACUUCGGCUCUAUUCCGUCCGGAGCGUUUAAGACCGCCAUGUUCUUCGUGGGCAUCUCCACGCUGCUCGUGGUGGGCAGCAUCGUGUGCUUCAGCCUCUUCUUCUUCUGCAACGCGGGAAGUGUGUACAAGAUCUGCGCGUGGAUGCAGCUGGCCUCUAGCACGUGCAUGGUGAUCGGCUGUAUGAUCUACCCUGACGGCUGGGACUCGGAUGAGGUGAAGCGGAUGUGUGGUCAGCGCACAGACAAAUACACUUUGGGGAACUGUACGGUUCGCUGGGCGUAUAUUCUCGCCAUCAUCUCCAUCAUGGACUCGCUCAUCCUGUCAUUUCUCGCCUUCAGCCUCGGCAGCCGCCAGGACAAGCUACUGCCCGAGGACUUCCAGGUCGAGGGAAAAGGUAGAAACCUGCAGGAGAUGUUUGAGGUCUCAACAAAAUCCGUCAGGUCGGCACACCAAUCACUGAGCAGCAUAGAGGUGUGGGUGGAGCCAAAGAUGAAGCAUAACGCUUAG